AUGAAGGGCCGCCCAGUCGACCAACUCGUUUACGAGUUCAUGUUCCAAAAGCCCCGAACCAGCGAUCCUCAGAACUUCCAUACUCUCCUUCACCGUAACAUUAUCCCGGAGGUCCGCCAGGAAGUCCAUUCUUUCUAUGGACAUCUUGACACUCAAGAAGCCAAGUACCCUGGCUUAGACUAUACUAAUCGUGUCCAUCGUAUACGACUUAGCCGCUGGCAGUGGCAUCGUCGUCUAUUUCGGGCGUUCGAUGCUCUGCGCCUGACCGACUCCGAAAUCGCAAGCCUAACAAAAUGGGAAGGUACAAAGUGGGCGAAGGAACGCUUCGAGCGUGAUUCUGGAAUCGUUAUUAAAGAUACUGCGUUUGACGAUAUUGCGGAGUGGGUUGAGCCUGAAGACAGGCCGCAAACAGCACGCGCAACGCAGGCCGCGACCUUACCACAAGUCGCGACGACGACAGACGAGGACAUGGAUGGUGAACAGGAAGAAGAUGAAGACGAGGAAGAGGAUAGCGAUGGUGAACUGACGAGCGUCGGGAUCCCUCUCAACGAGCAACUCCGCGAAAGAGCAGCACGCCACGAGGCCGGCGAUACCUCGCUGCCGCUAGAUGAGGAGUGGGAACAGUGGCUGAAGAAUGCAAUCGAGGCCGGCGAAUUUCCCUUCCUCACAGAGCAGAUCGUGCGAGAAUCCAACAUGGCUCUCAUCCCGCAGGCACUCUUUCCAUCGGGUAUGCUAAGUGCAGCACGAGCUGGUCGUUGGCAGGAGAUACCAGACUUCCUCCAUUCGGUCCUCCGAUAUGCCUUAGACAACGAAACACCGAAUCGAGACAGUGCCUCGGCUUCUGGUGAGCGUUCUUCCGGACGUUCCUUGCAAGGCUACCUCUCCGGUAAUAGACGGAACUUGCGCCGCAACUAUUCAGAUCUACGGCUCCCUGUUAGCGAGGCCAGUGUCGCCACCUCGGAAGUUCGUCUACAGCGAACAGCCCAGUCAGGCACCCAGACCUAUAUUACUCUUCCUUAA